AUGGAUUCGGAAAAAAGAGAUUGCCUGAUGUGCAAUGCUCCCAACGAAAUCUGCGAUAUGGUGCAGUGCGAUACGUGCGAGCUGUGGGCUCAUUACUCGUGUGCUGGCGUUACGGAAGCAGUGAAGGAGAAGGAGUGGAACUGCAGCAAAUGCGUUAACACGCUGCAGGCUCCGAAAAUUCGGAAAACUACAAGGAGCGAUGCCAAAAAGACGACAGGACUGAAAACGAAGAGCGAUUGUGGAUCGUCCGUUGGGUCUGUUUCGGAGAGCGUCGGAACGCUUGAAGAUUCGUUGAGAAAAUUGGAGAAGGAGCAGCGUGCGAAAGAAAAAGCCUUAGAGGAGGAAAUGAUCCUGCGUGAAAAGCGACUCGAAAUGGAAAGAGCUCUGCAGGAAAAACGUCGACAAAGAGAGAAAGAGUUUAUGGAGAAGCAACUGCAGCAGGACAGGGAAUUAAAAGAGCGUCAGCUGCAAGAGGAGCGCGAGAUGCUGGAAAAUGAAUUGGCUGAGGAAAAAUCCUUUCAAGAUCGACGCAAAAGGAUGUUCGACGACUUCUUGAAGGCGAAAAAGGCCGUCUCAGAACCGGCUCUUGACGACGAAAGCGCUGUCGGUGAUGCAAAGGAGGAAAAUGAAACGUUCACCGAGAAAAAGGUGAAAUUUUGGUUGAAAAAACAGUCUGUCACGAAAAACUAUCCACCGACUUCAUCGAAGCAGGAGGAUCAGAUAGCUGGCCCCUCCAAACAACAGGAUCAGAUAGCUGGUCCGUCCAAGCAACAGGAUCAGAUAGCAGGUCCGUCCAAGAAUGUUCCAGUUACACGUGAAGAGAAUAAAGAAGAUGUAGCCGAAAGUGAGGAUGAAGACGAUGAUGACACCGAAGAUGAUAGCGAGGAAGAGGUGGGUGAAGCAGAGUUGCAGCUGUCUCGAGAGGAAAGGGAGUUACUUGCUCGUCUGCUGACCGGAAAAAAGCAAAAGCAACCGUCGGUGAAGAAGCAACAAUCGUCGACGAAGAAGCAGCAACAAAGGCGUUCGCAGCAAAUGGAUGUAUGUGUCCAGAAGUUGUCCAGAGAACAGAUAGCCGCUCGACAAGCCUUCUCCAAAAACCUGCCAGUUUUUAGGGGUGAACCAGAGUUGUGGCCUAUUUUUAUUAGUAGUUACGAGUACACCACGCAGGCGUGUGGGUUCUCAAAUUUGGACAACCUGAAGCGGUUGUAG